GAGUGGAGUGUAUAAAAGAGAGAAAAAGCACCGCCCUGAUCGACCAUUCACAAAGGCCACAUCCAAACUUAGGGCAGUGAACUUCGCUUCUUGAUUCGCUCUUGUAUUUUUUUUCUUUCCCUUCUCUCUCUCUCUAAUGGAACCUUUGCCUUCCCAACACGAUGAUAAUAACCCAGACUGCAAGGAAACCCUAACGUCCCAGACCCAAAACGCCGAUAGCGGUAGCACAGCCAGCGACUCCACCGCCAGCGCCAGCGCCAACGCGCAACGCAAACGCAAGGGCAAAGGUGGCCCCGACAACGCCAAGUUCCGGUACCGCGGCGUCCGGCAACGCAGCUGGGGCAAGUGGGUGGCCGAGAUCCGAGAGCCACGUAAACGGACACGUAAGUGGCUCGGCACCUUCUCCACCGCCGAGGACGCAGCUCGAGCGUACGAUCGAGCCGCUCUAUUCCUCUACGGCUCACGCGCCCAGCUCAACCUCACCCCUUCCUCUCCCUCCGCCGCCACGUCAUCUUCCUCCGCAACCACGUCGUCAUCAUCCUCCUCCGCCACGUCAUCGACGCAAACCCUAAGGCCUCUCCUCCCUCGCCCCGCCGGAUUCUCCGGUCCCGUCUCUGCUGGAGGGUUUGGUCCGUACGGUUUCCAUUACCAGAAUAUUCUCCUUGGUGGGUCCGCUUUGUUGUGCCCUAAUGACGCAGCAUCGAUGUUGUCGCAAGGUUUGGUUUUUCCUCAUCAACAACUGCUACAACAACAGCAACAGAACCAGUUUCUCCAAGUUGGUUUACAAUAUCAUCAUCUUCAGCAACAACAACAGUAUCAGAAUUUUCACUUCGGAGAUUGUGUCGGAUCCUCCGGCGGGCACACGGCGUCGUUUCAGCUCCCAAACGGCGUUAACUUACCGUUAGGACAUGCGCAAGGUGGUGGUUCUUGUGUUGAGAAUAACAGUAGCAAUAAUCAUAACAAUUCGGUGGGGGAUGGGAAUUCUCUCGCUGGAUCGGUGGGUUCGUCCCUGCCGAUAUCGGCGGUGGCUCAGCCAUCGCAUGCGGUGGACCCGGUGACUUCGGGUAUAGAUCCGGGUUUUAUAGGCGUACCGGGUUCUCCGGCGGUUUGGCCGUUUGCCGGCGAAGAUGAGUACCCUCCGAGCAGUAUUUGGGACUAUAUGGAUGCAAGUCUUGAUGGGUUUCUAAAUAUUCCGUCAGAAUUUCAUUGACUGUUGCAUCGUCGAUAUUACUACAUAUACGCGUGGUGAGCCGGAAAUUUCAGGGCAGGCCUCCGGAGUUUGUCGGGGACAUGACAUCAAGAUUGUUCUUUUGGAGGGGCUUGCAUGCGGAUUUCAGGAUAUUCUUUAUAGGGCAAAAUAGAGUUUCUCCUGUUUUUAUUUUCAGGGAUUGCAUGAAGAGAAGAUUAAUAUGAUGCCAAUAAAAUACCUCCCUUUGAUAAACGGUGAGCGGGUUUCUUGGAAAUUAUUGGUUUAGGAGCUUAUUAGAGGUUAAAAGCUCGAUUGGUUAAAGGUCAUAGAUUCAUAUAUCUCAUAAAACUCGCUGCAUGUUUUAUGUGUAUUUGAGUAUGGUAUAGUUUUCAAUUUCAUACACGAAGAAAGGUUAUAGAA